UUUAUCCCGUUAUCAGGUGAGUAUGAGGCAUUCCUGUCAAUACCUGUAUUAUCACACAGCACUGAUAACAGGACACAGGUAGGCCUGGCCCUCACAUUCUUCGGGUGGAUCGUGGCGCAGCAACAAGUGAUAAAACAUGACUUACCAGAUCAGCAGAAUUCCACAACCAUUCACCAGCUACAUUCCUAAUGGUCUCCAUGUCGGCAAGCACUUGCUCCUGAGAGGGCGCGUGUCUUACGGGACGGAAGCAUUUGCAAUCAACCUUCAACAAAACCCCGAGCCUUGCGAUGGAGAGGUUGCGUUCCAUUUCAACCCUCGUCCAGGCGAGCAGCAAUGCGUGCGCAAUUCGUUCGACGGAGGAUCAUGGAUGGAUGAAGAGAGAGACCAACCUCAUUUUCCAUUUGACGAAGGUCGUUCAUUUACUCUUCGAAUUGAAGUGGCGGAUGAGGGGUUCCGAACGUAUGUAAAUGGAAAGCCUUACGUCAAUUUCAGCCAUCGCCUGGACCUCGGAAAUGUCCAUUAUCUGUACUUGACGGAAGGAGCAGAGUUCUAUGACAUUAGCUACCAAGAUCGUUAUUCUUUGCCAUACAAGUCCGAAAUACCCCAGCAGAUGAACGUAGGGAAAGCCGUCAGAAUCAGAGGCGCCUCCCAGGACAACGAUGGAUUCAGUGUGAAUUUUGCCUGUGACCCAGACAAUGAAAACUGUGCCUUCCACUUUAACCCCCGACCCAAUGAAGGCGUGGUCGUCCGUAAUGCUAACCUGGGUGGCUGGGGCGAAGAAGAGAGGGAUUACGAUGCAGAAUUUCCUUUCAAUCCAAACAACUACUUUGACGCUAUGUUUAUUUGCACCGACGAUAAAUAUAUGGUUCACGUGAAUGACAAGUAUUUCACCGAGUUCAAUCACCGCGGCGGGGUCAAUGAUGCGUCCCAUUUCAACAUCGUGGGAAACCUGGACAUCCAAGAUGUCGAGUACUUCGAGCCUUUGGAAGAUGACUUCGUGAAGACCUUCCCAUCUGGCUUGGUGAAAGGAGACGUGCUGAUCUUUAGGGGGUUCAUGAAACCCGGGGGUGAAACGUUCUCCAUCAACUUCAUGAACGGCUACAGCGUGGAGGACGACAUUGCUUUCCACCUGAACCCACGAGUUGGGGAGGGACAGGUUGUCAUGAACUGCUGCAUGGGUGGUGACUGGGGGGAAGAGGAGAGGGAGGAUAUUCCAUCCCCCUUAGCCAACAGAGAACCAUUUGAGGUCAAAGUUGUAGUGAAAAGGAAGAAAUUCAAGGUGUACGUUAACGGCAAGAAGUGCAUGAAGUUUGCCGCCAGGGGGAAUGUGGAAGACAUAAAGGGCGUCAAUAUCAAGGGGGAAGCAUAUGUGUAUGAGGUCAAAUUAGAGCGAAAACUGGAGGAUUCUUGGGAAUAUCUUCCUGGAGGAUUCCGAGUAGGUGGCUGGGUCGUCGUUCAGGCAAUACCCAAGAAAGGUUCCGAAGGAUUUGCUAUUAACUUCCGAACUGGCGGAGAUGAAGGAAGCGACAUCGCUUUCCACUUUAACCCCCGUCUCCAAGAGAACUGUACCAUUAGGAACUCGUGCUCUGGCGGCGAGUGGGGUGGGGAAGAGAGAGACCAGCCCGAGUUUCCGUUUGAGAAGAAGGACACCUGUGAGAUAGCAAUCCAGGCACAGCCCGACAAAUUUGUGACCUACGUAAACGGCCAACGAUACAUAGACUUCAAUCACCGCCUUCCACUGGAGAGCAUCUGCUGUCUUGAGCUGACCGGAAGAGCCGACUUCUUUGAACCGAAGUUCUUCUAAACAACCAAAGAUUUGUCAAAUGAACUGGUGAUAACAUGAUGACGUCUCCAAUUGCUUAUCUGCUUACUAUGACAAAAACUCUUUGGCUUCUACGCAUACCGAAGCUCACUAUGUAAAGGACAUUGCAUUUAGAGGUGUAGAAACUCUCGCUGUGAUUUCACCACGUGACAGGAUGACGAACUGUGAUUUAUUAUUAUAUUGUUAAUUGUUAGCAGUAAUAGAACCUGUAUCUUGCAGCACAUAUAAAAUAUCUCUUUUUGUUUUGAAAAUAAAUAUUACUUUAUUUGU